UCCCCGUCAUCGACCCCUCUCCGCACUCCUCCUCGUCGUCUCCCUCGACGUCCACUCCCUCUGCUUGCGGCAGCUCACCGUCUGCCACAGUGACCCGCACCUACCUCUAACGACCCGAAACAAUGUCCCAGUCACAAGCUAUCCGCAGAAAGCUCGUCAUCGUUGGUGAUGGCGCGUGCGGCAAAACGUCUCUUCUAUGCUCAUUCGCUCUCGGCGAAUUUCCCAAGGAAUACCAACCAACCAUCUUCGAGAACUAUGUCGCCGAAAUCAGGCUAGAUGGAAAACCAGUUCAGCUUGCUCUUUGGGAUACCGCAGGCCAGGAGGAAUACGAGCGCUUACGACCCCUCUCAUAUUCAAAAUCUCAUGUCAUCCUCAUCGCCUUUGCCAUCGAUACACCAGACUCCCUCGAUAACGUGACGGUCAAGUGGAUAGAAGAAGUUCGCUCCAUCUGCGGCUCGUCUAUCCCAAUACUCCUCGUCGGCUGCAAGGCCGAUUUACGCCCACCACCCGGCUCACCGAAUCUCGACCAAUACGUCUCCCGUGCUCAGGGCGAGCGUGUCGCCCAAGCCAUCGGCGCUCGUGGUUACAAGGAAUGCUCCGCCCUCAAGAUCGAGGGUGUCGACGACGUUUUUGAGGCUGCCACCCGGGCCAGCAUGCUGAUGCGCGAGGGCGUCCCAACAGGAGGCCAUCAUAGGAGGCGAAGCAGUAUCGGUGCAGAAGAGGAAGAUGGGCGUGGCUGGAAGUGUUGCGUCAUCUGCUGAGCCGAGCGUCGGAAUCGCAGUGCUUGUGCGCGAGCACCCUGUUCUUUGACAGCUUAUUUUGCGGACAGACUUUUAUCGAGGUUCGGAGCAUACGAACAUUGACCUGGCUUGGAUCAUCCGUCCCUCACUGUUUUCAUUCUCAUCUCUCAUCUCAGCGCCGUCUCCUGUGUCCGCUAUCGUUGUCAUCAUUACCUACCUAUCCCUUACCGGUAUCUCCCGUAUAUCUAGUACUUAGCCUUCUGCAGCCCUAAUAUACUAUCGGGGCACAUUCCUUUGGCUCGACUGACUCCAAUUCCAUCACCUCUUUCUCUGGGUCGUACAUAUGACUCCCUCAAGCUUUUUUUUUAUUUGUCCAACCUUUCCUUUGCUCGUAUUCGGAACACAGCAUAUAGACCGCUGCAUCAUCAGUAUUGCAAUACGACGCCCCGAUUCGUCUCCAUUUCUGUUUCGUGAUGCCGGUUCUGACGCUGCUGCUGCCAGUGCGGCACCGAACGUGUAUAUAUCUCGUAUUUCAUCUAUCUGUGGCAGUACAGUACAUACUUACUACCGUGUCUAAC